AUGUCGCCCGUGAAACCCUUGUGUGCUGGAUUCUUCCCACGGUUUCGACCGCUGGUAUUCCUCGCGCGGUACUCGACGAUGCCUACAAAGAACCAACCCGACGUGGCCGUCGAAAAAGAGAUCAUGCCUGGCUACGAUGCGAAACACUUCCACCCAACGAAUCCAGGAGAUGCGUUGGACGGGCGCUACAAAGUGUUGGCAAAGCUUGGAUGGGGUGCUUCGUCGACCGUGUGGCUGGCGAAGGAGACAUCACGGUAG